GGCCGCGCUUCCCGGCAGCCGCAGCCGGGCCCGGCGCGGAGCGGAGAUGGUGCCGCUGCUGCGGAGCGCCGGCGGCUCCCACCAGUGGCUGGCCAUCGUUUUCCUCGGCCUUUGCUGGUUCCUGCCUCCCGGGAGAUUGGCUGCGCCGGGCGGAGACUUCCCGGGCUCAGCCGUGGACAGCCUGGUGGUCAGGAAAGGGGACACGGCGGUGCUGAGGUGUUACCUGGAAGAUGGAGCCUCCAAGGGGGCCUGGCUGAACCGCUCCAGCAUCAUCUUUGCGGGCAGUGACAAGUGGUCGGUGGACCCGCGCGUGUCCAUCGCCACGGCCAACAGGAGGGAGUACAGCCUGCAGAUCCAGGACGUGGACGUGACGGACGACGGGCCCUACACCUGCUCCGUGCAGACCCAGCACACCCCCAGGACCAUGCAGGUGCACCUGACCGUGCAAGUCUCUCCCAAGAUAUUCCGGAUCUCCAGUGACAUCGUGGUGAACGAGGGCAGCAAUGUCACCCUGGUGUGCCUGGCCACGGGGAAACCCGAGCCCUCCAUCUCCUGGAGACACAUCUCCCCCUCGGCCAAGCCCUUUGAGAGUGGGCAGUACCUGGACAUCUACGGCAUCACCAGGGACCAGGCUGGGGAGUACGAGUGCAGCGCAGAGAACGACGUCUCCGUGCCAGACGUGAAAAAAGUCAAAGUGACAGUGAACUUUGCCCCCACAAUUCAGGAACUUAAAUCCAGCGGUGUGAUGCUUGGAGGGAACGGCCUGAUCCGCUGUGAAGGUGCAGGAGUGCCUGCCCCGGGCUUUGAGUGGUACAGAGGAGAGAGGAAACUGAUCAAUGGUCAACAAGGAAUCACUAUUAAAAAUUAUAGUACAAGAUCCCUUCUUACUGUUACCAAUGUGACAGAAGAGCACUUUGGCAACUAUACUUGUGUCGCUGCCAACAAGCUAGGGACGACCAAUGCCAGCCUGCCUCUGAACCAAAUUAUUGAGCCUACUACCUCUAGUGGUGUGUCGAGCCCAGCCCCCAGCACAGCCCAGUACGGCAUCACCGGGCACGCCGAGGAGCUCUUCUCCUGCUGGUCCCUGGUGCUGACGCUCUCCUCGCUCAGCAGCAUCUUCUACCUGAGGAACAUCCUCCUGCACGACGUGUGAGCCCCACCCCAGGCUGCUCUGGGUUCUCCGAGUGCUCAUGGCUGGAUCCACCCUGGCAGAGUUUGGUAACGGCGGCGUGGGAUGUGGUCAGUGCUCACCUGGGGAUGAUCGCCUUCUGUAGAAUUGCUCAUUGUGUAAAUACUUUAAUUCAA